UUCUCAGCACUGGUGAAAUUGGCUACAUGCUGAUCGGUUUCUGCAUACUGGAAGAGGUGGGGCUCAUGUAAUACAGCAUCAGGGAGAGGAACUGAUUAUGUAACUGGGAUAGCAGAUGUAUCAGAAGGAGAGAGGAGGCAGAGGCUAGGGAUGGGAGCAUUGAGCUGUCGGCAGGGGCAGGACACUCAACAGGGGCAGCAUACCCGGGUAGCUGCUCCUCACAAGCAGGGUGGCAAUAUCCGGGGCCCCUGGAAGAGCCUCUGGUCAGGUGUGGGGACCAUGAGAUCAGGUCUGGAAGAGCUAUGGGAACUACAGGGGCAUCAGUACCUGCACCGGGAGUCCCUACAGCCAGCCCCAGUGCUGGUAGAGAAGCCUCUAUCUGAGUGGCCAGUGCCUCAGUUCAUCAAUCUGUUUCUGCCGGAGUUUCCAGUUAGGCCCAUUAGGGGGCAGCAGCAGCUGAAGAUUUUAGGCCUAGUGGCUAAAGGCUCCUUUGGAACUGUCCUGAAGGUGUUAGAUUGUGCUCAGAAAGCUGUAUUUGCAGUGAAGGUAGUGCCCAAGGUAAAGGUCCUACAGAGGGACACUGUGAAACAGUGCAAAGAGGAGGUUAGCAUCCAGCGACAGAUCAACCAUCCUUUUGUACACAGCUUGGGGGACAGCUGGCAGGGAAAACGGCACCUCUUUAUUAUGUGUAGCUAUUGCAGCACAGAUCUUUACUCCUUGUGGUCAGCUGUUGGCUGCUUUCCUGAGGCUUCCAUCCGUCUCUUUGCUGCUGAACUUGUCCUAGUGCUAUGUUAUCUCCAUGACUUGGGCAUCAUCCAUAGAGAUGUGAAGAUGGAGAAUAUCCUUCUGGAUGAACGAGGCCAUCUGAAACUGACAGACUUUGGUCUGUCCCGCCACCUCCCCCAGGGAUCCCGAGCCUAUACUAUCUGUGGUACUCUUCAAUACAUGGCCCCAGAGAUCCUGAGUGGAGGACCUUACAACCAUGCUGCUGAUUGGUGGUCCCUAGGUGUCUUACUUUUCUCUCUGGCAACUGGAAAGUUUCCAGUGGCUGAAGAGAGAGAUCAUGUGGCCAUGUUGGGAAGUGUGACCCACUGUAGCUCUGAGAUCCCAUCUUCUCUUAACCAGGAGCUCUCAUUACUGCUCCAUGAGCUCUUAUGCCAGAACCCUCUCCACCGGCUACGUUACCUGCAUCACUUCCAGGUCCACCCUUUCUUUCGGGGUGUGACCUUUGACCCAGAGCUCCUACAGAAGCAGCCUGUGAACUUUGUCAUGGAGACAAAAGCUACCCAGACCAGUCCACUGGAGUCUGUGCCCUUCAAUGACUUUGACUGUGACUUGGAGUCCUUCCUGGUCUACCCCAUCCUUGCUUGAGCCUUUCUGCUGUACUGCCCCAUUAUACAACCCUCCUUUCAAGUCAACAUCUUUUUCUUUGCUUCACUUCUCUAGCAUGCUUACAUCAAGCUGUCAGCUAGAGGUUCUUCCACUUUUCCCUCCCCUUCUCUGCCAUUUUUCCCUUCUUAACCAAUAAGGACAUGAGCUCUCAAGGUGCUAUUGAUGUGUUUAGUAGGCUUGUCAGAAGCAAUAUGAACAUUUUUCAAAGACCUCAAAAACGGCAUUUCAUCCUUUAAACAUGCAGCUAAAAAAUAUGAUCUGGGGGCUACAAUAAAUCUUAUUUUAAAUCUUAUUUUUUUAAAAUUGAAAAGUGAAUCUAAUAGUCUGACGGGAAGAAAAUUGAAACUGAAACAUUGGAAGAUUGUCUCCUCUAGAGGUAAUUAGAACAGCCAUUCAAAUCUUUUCCAAAACAAAACCUCUUCAAAAAAACAUGUGAAUUAAACUGAUCAUUUCCUCUAGAUAGCUCAGGAUUCAUUUUCUGAUGGUCAAACCAAGGGAUUAAAAUUUAAAUUUAGAGACACCUCUCAAGAACCUUUUCCUUUAGUAAGGAAAAUCAUCUGGAUCUUGAAUUUGUACACAUUUCUGGCUUUUAUGACUUCUCACUUUUUCUUUAAUGUCUCUUUGGACUGAGAUUUGAGGGGAAAAUAUGUUUUGAUCUAUACCAUAUUAUUCUUUAGUUAUAUCUGAUCACUCUUUGCAUACCAAAGAGACUUUAUAUAGAGUAUUCUGUGUACUUUAUUGUUUCUGGAUUAAUCCACAUUUUCCCUGUACACAGCUGGUAUUAUAUUGGCCUCUGCAGAAUUGCUUUUCAACAAUCCAUAUGAAAAUCAUCAUGAAAAUUAAUUGUUUUGGAUGCUGUAAGGGGUGUUUAUCAUUACAGGUCAUAAUAUUUUACUUAAUGAUAUAUGGGAGAAAUUUUCUGUGGAUCCAGUUGUGCUUUUCCUGAGUUGGUGUUGGUUUUUACCUUAAGGACAUUAAAUAUUCAAUUGACUAUAUUUUCCUCUUUAUACUGAUGCUAGAACAUUUAGAGCCCAAUUUGUGGCCUCCCUUCCAGUGUUUAUUUUGUGUACUAUUCAUGUUCUUGGUUCCCUCUCCCUUUUUUCUUUUCUACCUUUAUUUCCCUAUUCUCAUUUUUCUAACUUUUAAUCUUUUUGUAUUACUAAAUUAUCUGCAUCUUUGUAAGCCUUUUUGGAAUAAGGUUGAGAUAUAAAUAAAUAAAGUAAUGUAUCCUUCAUUCUUUUAUCUCAUUUGAUGGUGUGAAUGUAGUUUGAGUUAUUUUUUUAACAAAUGACAUUUUCUUGCCUUUUUUUGAGACAGUCUCAGGCUGUUGCCCUGGGUAGAGUGCCGUGGCAUCAUAGCUCACAGCAACCUCUAACUCUUGGGCUCAAGCUAUCCUCUUGCCUCAGUUUUUCUAUUUUUAGUAGAGACUGG